AUGUCAACAAUAGACUCCUUCCUCCAACAAAUCCAACACGGCAUAACCACCCACAACGGCCGCCGCAUAGCAGACUUUCUCGUCCUAAACUUCGACAAUCUCGACCCAGAGAAGCAGAAACCCUACCAAGAUCUACACAAUGAACUCAACUCGCGCUACCCGACAAACAACAACAACAAGGACGCGCAACUAUCUAACAAGGUCAAGAACAGCUUAUCCUCAGAAGCGUUACGGAGCAUCCAUAGUCCGUUCUGUGAGGCUGUGAUAGGGUAUUUUCGCUAUGUGAGGGAUUUUGCUGGGGAUUCGGGGUUGUUGAAGGCGAGGAAGAUUGAGAGGGUGACGAAACAAUGCAUCGCAGCUCUACGCGAAGACCAGCCUGGUCCAACAAUGAUCCCGGUAGUUCUCUACCUCACCAACGUCCUCCGCCAAAUCUCAAUCAACCUCGAUCGCGACCCUGAAUUGCGCGGCCUCAACAGCGGUGACGGCUCAACUACUUCCUCAAUCGGUGGCAGCGGCGGCGGCGACGACGACAACAUCUCAAUAAGCUACGUCGAGCAAACGGGCAAUACCCUCCGCGAAGCAUUUAUGAAAAUCGUCAAAGUUACAAAUCCAACUAACCGAACAAUACCGCCGGCGCCGGACCACCUCCUAAGCGGUUUGUAUCUCAUGCUUAACUCCUGUAUGCGCAUCUACCAACAUGCUGGGAAGUUACGAAAUUCCGAGUCAAUUCUGCAGCAACUCGAGCUGCGGUGUCCGCCCAUUUCGUUUUAUCCUGCUGCUCAGCGCGUGACGUUCUUAUACUAUUUGGGGUUAUUCUAUUUCACCAGCAAUCAGUUUUACCGGGCUCUGCUGUGUCUUCAGACAGCGUAUGAUAUGUGUCCGAAGCGAGCGUGUAAUACGCAGCGACAGAUGAUAUUGAUUCACUUGCUGGCCACGAAUAUCUGUAUAGGUCGAUUACCGAGAAAUAUACUACUCUAUGAUCUCGCGGCACACCCGAUCUCACGCCCGUUCGCGGAAUUAAACCAGAUCAUCAGAAAUGGUGAUAUUGGACGCUUCCACGUCUUUAUGGAUUACACCCUCCCUUCACCGCUUUCAGAUAGCGCAGACUGGCUUCUGCGCAAACGCGUGCUGCUGCAGUUGAAGAACAGGUGCGAGAUCCUGGUGUGGCGGAGCUUGAUCUACAGAGCUACGAAGUAUGCCGGGUUUCUUGGCUCGAGCGAAGAAGGACGACAAGCUAGCAUGCCAUAUGUACGUUACUCGCACAUCCAUCAAGCUGCGUGCAUCUCGUAUGCGAGGGCGAGACAAAUGGUAUAUGACACGACUGGCGGGUCAGUUGACUUGAACUCUGGCUCAGACAACGAAUAUAUUGACCCUGAGUUCGUGGAUUCCGGAUACAGUAGCGACGAACACGACAAUUACCACGAGGCGGGUGGUGAGGCCUGUUACCAUCAGCCGGAUCACACUGGACUGCACGAUCCGACGCCCGAAGAGAUUAAUGGUGUCUUUUUGUCGUUGAUUUCUCAAGGACUUCUAAAAGGGUUUGUGCACCAUUCUUAUCCGGAUUUAUUACAGUCGAGGUUUGCAAUACCGGGUGUGAGGAGGCCACAGAGUAAAGCUUUUGAUUCCAUAGCGACGCAGGCAGGUCAUACGUGGAAGGAUGUUGGUUUUCCCAGUAUUUUUGAAGUCAUACGAGAAAGAGAAGAGGCCAGUGAUGGUGGAGUGGUCCCAGGAUGGGUUACAGAGGAAAAAGCGAAGAGGAGUGGAGGAAGAGUUAUCAACCUCACGGGUGCGAGGGCUGUUGGUCAGUGA